AUGGCAGUUGGGGAAGUGAAAGAACAGACAUCACCGAAAACGUCGACUCAAGGUCAGCGAAUUAGAAGAUGCGAAGUUAGUCGUCUCAAAAUUGAUACAAAGGAAGAGAUUUCCCCACGAGGACACUCUCUCAGGACUGGUGACGUAAGCAGACUGGAACCUUACCUGGGUGCAGACGGUCUGAUCAGAGUAGGCGGCCGACUGAAGCGUGCUGCUCUCCAUCCAGAGCAAAGAACCCCAUACUGUUACCCAGGGACAAAAUCCACAGAACUUAUUGUACAGGAGGUACAUUCGACCAGGGCUGGCCACUCAGGACACGAGCACACGUAUGUGUAA